AUGGCGAAGCAGAAGAAAUCCCUCAAGGGAUCCGUCGCCAUCCUCGCUAUGAACUUCCUCCGUUUCCUCAACAUGAUGCUCAUCGUCGGCGGCGCCGCCACCAUCGUCUUGGUCUUCCUCAUCCAGUCGCCGCCCACUUUCCCCGCCGGCUGGGGAUUUUUCUUCCUCAGCAUCCUCGUUAUCCUCUCCGGUCUCUUCGGCACGAUCGCGUCUGGGCAGGUCGGGUGCUUCGAGUGCCAUCUCUUCUGCCUCUUUAUAAGCGCCGCGGGGCUGUGCGCGUCGACGCUGAUGAUCUUCCUCCGUUUCAAGGACGUCGUACUCUCGAUGAAACCGAACGCCGAUCCGUACGCGAUGUACGACGCGGAGCAGUACGUGCGCAUCCUCGGGGCGCUUUAUUUCUUCAUCUUCAUGACGCAGAUGGUUAUUCUCAUGCUCGGCUGCACUGUACACCACUUCGGCCUUAUAGAGCAUAACGAGGACCUCGAUGCGCUGAAAUCCGCGCGCGAGAUGGCGCGCUCCGAGGAGAUUCACCGGCGGCCGAAGAUCGACGGCUGGGUGCCCCACAAGCUGACGGAGAAGAUGAAGCACAAGUACCGACAAUGGACGCACAGAAGCGCCGCGGACGAGGAGGAAGAAGAGGCAAUGGAGUUCGAUAUGGAGUCGAGCGCUAGUAGCCACAUGCCGUCCAGUCCCCCGCCCCCGUACCCUGGAGUGGGGCUCAUCCUCCCUCCACUUCCCUCCAUUGCAUCACCUCUCCCCACCACCAACAGUAGCAAGCUGAAGCCUCACCGACGUGGCAAGAGGGGAGCCACACCAGACCCCCGGCCGCAGGGUCUGGUGAUCGUCCAUUAUGCCUUAAACGUGCGGCUCUUGGCAUCCAGUCCCAAGGCCCCCCCCCCAACCACCACUCUCCACCCACCACCAACCGCCACCAACCACCACAGCCACCACCACCACCACUCGCCACCACCGCCACCACCAACACUCGCCACCACCACCAUCACUCGCCACCACCACCAAUACUCGCCACCACCACCAUCACUCGCCACCACCACCAUCACUCGCCACCACCACCAUCACUCGCCACCACCACCAACACUCGCCACCACCACCAUCACUCGCCACCACCACCAUCACUCGCCACCACCACCAUCACUCGCCACCACCACCAUCACUCGCCACCACCACCAUCACUCGCCACCAUCACCAUCACUCGCCACCACCACCAUCACUCGCCACCACCACCAUCACUCGCCACCACCACCACCACUCGCCACCAUCACUCGCCACCAUCACAGCACCCUCCAGCAGCCACCAGCAGCGUCCACCACAGCGGAUGAACCUGCUGGGGCGAGGAGGGGGGUGCACAUAAGGCAGUUAGUAGCUGACGUUGGAGAGUAA